AUGAUGUCCAUGAACAGCAAGCAGGCGUUCAGCAUGCACCCCAUCCUGCACGAGCCCAAGUACACCUCUCUGCACUCGAGCACCGAGGCCAUCAGGAGGGCGUGUCUGCCAAACCCGCAGUUACAAGGCAAUAUUUUCGCCGGCUUCGAUGAAUCGUUGCUGAGUCGAGCCGAAGCUCUCGCGGCUGUGGAUAUAGUCACCCAGAAAAGCCACCCUUUCAAGCCAGAUGCCACUUACCACACCAUGAGCAGUGUGGCUUGCACUCCGACCUCCUCUUCCGUGCAUCUCCCUCAUCCCUCGGUCCUCACGUCUCACCACCAUCACCAUCACCACCACCAGCCGUCCCAUGGCCUGGAAGGGGACCUUCUUGACCACAUGAACCACGGCCUUUCCUUGGGUGGCAUGGGAGGACCCGAGAUGGGCAGCACCCCAUCUCACCCACACUCGCACAUGGCGGCAAUGAACCCCAUGUCGCCCCACGCACACCCUCACCCUCACCAUCACCAGACCAUGAAUAUGGUCCAUGCCCACAGCCUGACCACCCACGCCGGGCUGGGAGGUCCCGAGGGAGACGCGGAUCCCAGGGAAUUGGAGUCGUUCGCUGAGAGGUUCAAGCAGAGGAGGAUCAAGCUGGGGGUGACACAAGCCGACGUGGGGUCGGCAUUGGCCAACCUGAAGAUCCCCGGGGUGGGCUGCCUAAGUCAAAGCACAAUCUGUAGGUUUGAGUCCUUGACUCUCUCGCACAAUAACAUGAUCGCCCUCAAGCCCAUCUUGGAGGCUUGGUUGGAUGAAGCGGAGAGAGCUCAGAGGGAGAAGAUGACCAAACCCGAGCUGUUCAACGGAGGGGACAGAAAGCGUAAGCGCACCUCCAUCGCAGCUCCGGAGAAGAGGUCUUUAGAAGCCUAUUUCGCCGUCCAGCCCCGACCUUCCUCCGAGAAGAUCGCGGCAAUCGCAGAGAAACUAGACCUCAAGAAAAACGUGGUGAGAGUCUGGUUUUGCAAUCAGAGACAGAAACAGAAACGAAUGAAAUUUUCCGCCACACAUUAG